AUGGUAGAUGUAGAAGUUGUGAAUAAAAGAGCUAAAUGUAUAUAUUGUCCUAAAUCUAAAGUUGGUCUUGGAGAUUAUGCAUGUGAUAGUGGGAAAAAUGGGACUUCGGGCAUGAUAAGCCACAUUAGAAAAUAUUGCAAAUACUACCCACCUAACCAAGAUAAAACACAAAAGAUCAUUACUGGUAAUAAGGGUCAGAGUAACAAAAUGGUUGCUAGGGGGUUUGUGCAGAGCGAUAUUAUUCAUGCAUGUGUUGAAAUGAUUGUGGUUGAUGAGCUGCCAUUUUCUUUUGUAGAAAAGAAAGGUUUUAUGAGGUUUUGUAGUGUUGCUUGCCCAAUGUUUGAAGUGCCUAGUAGGAGAAAAACAGUGAGGCAGUUUCUUAAAAUGUAUGAUGCACAAAAACAACAGCUGAAGAAAGAUUUAAGUGCACUUAGGAUAAACCUCACGACUGACACUUGGACAAGUGUCCAAAACACCAAUUACAUGGUGCUCACUGCACACUUUAUAGAUUGUGAUUGGAAGAUGCACAAAAGGGUUUUAAACUUUUGUGUUAUUCCUAAUCACCAAGGUAACACCAUAGGAGACCUCAUUGAGAGUUGUUUGUUACAAUGGGGUAUAGAGAAAGUUUUAACCAUCACUGUGGACAAUGCCUCUGCAAAUAAAGUGGCAAUUGAUUGGGUGAGUGGGUUGAGGAAGCUGCAAAAAUCUGUUAUGGCAAUUAGGAAUGCUGUGAGAUAUGUUCGGUCAUCUCCACAGAGAUUGGAUUAUUUUAAAAUCUCUGUUGAGAAGGAGAAACUGACCUGCAAAAAUCUUGUAUGCAUGGAUGUCCCCACAAGAUGGAAUUCAACAUACAUGAUGUUGGAUGCAGCCUUGAAAUUUAAGAAGGCUUUUACUAGAAUGGUAGAGGAUUUGAACAGCCCAUUCAUGGCUUAUUUCAAAGAGCCAGAUGAGGUAGUUGAUGAGGAUGGUGUAGUUCAGACUAAUAGUAGGCAGUGUCGGGUUGGACCACCAACUGAUGUAGAUUGGGACAAUGCAUCAAUCUUUGUGAGGUUUUUGAAGACAAGAGAAGUGAAAGGUGUAUUAAUGGCCCUCUAUGAUGAGUAUGUACCAAAGGUAGAUGGUGGCAUUCACAUGAGACUUUCUUCUACCACAGAAAAUGUAGGAUCUACAAGUGGUAGUAAUAAUAUAGUUGAAGAGAGUGUUGCUGGUGAUGAUUUUUUAGAUGAUUGGAUUAGAGAGGUCUCACAAAGUGAUGAGGCUGUGGUGUCACAUGAAGUUGAUUCUUACUUGGGAGAUCCUUUGGCUUUAGUUUCCAAAGAUGCAUGUUUUGACAUAUUGAUGUGGUGGAAACUCAAUGGGCCAAAGUAUCCUGUCUUAGCAGCAAUUGCAAAGGAUGUCCUUUCAAUUCAAACUUCCACAGUGGCAUCUGAGAGUUGUUUUAGUACUGGUGGCAGAGUCAUAGAUGCAUUUAGGAGUUCAUUAACUCCUACAUCAGUGGAGGCUUUGAUAUGCAUGCAAAAUUGGUUGAGAGGGGAUGAAAUUUCAAGCUUGGAAGAUACACCUUCGAUUGAAGAAUUUGAAUUUUAUGAAACCAUUGAAUCAGAAUAUGCAAAUGAUGAGGAUGCUUGAAAUUCAAAUUGUGGGCUG